AUGAGUGUAUUGAUCAACGACCGCGAUGGCAAGCAACAGGAUGUUGUCGUCGGUUACGAUGACCCGAAACAAUAUAAAAUCGACACUGAGACCAACCAUACGUAUUUUGGCUGCAUCGUAGGGAGAUACGCCAACAGAAUCAAAAACGGCUCCUUUGAGCUCGACGGUGUUAGGUACGACAUCACAAAGAAUGAAAACCAUGACACCCAGACACUGCAUGGAGGUGUUAUCGGAUAUGAUCAGCGCCCUUGGACGGUGGUAAAUCACACUGAAAACUCUAUCACCUUCAGUCUCCUCGACACCUGCUUUGAAGGUUUCCCAGGUGAAGUUAUCACAUAUGCCACCCUCAGUGAGACACCCAUCAUGUUGUCACACCAUAUUUACUGGAACCUAAAUGGGUUUAAGAAGCCUAACGUGUUGGAGGAUACUACCUUGCAGCUGCCGCUGUCAAAAAGAUUUAUAAAAAUCGAUUCCUCCGCAAUACCAACAGGCGAACUCGUAGAUACCGCAACGGCAUUUGGCGGUGCCCUCGACUUCACCCAGCCCAAGCUCAUUGGCAAAGACAUCGCCUCGGCUAAGAAUUGUGGUGCCAAUUGUACAGGUUAUGACAACGCAUUCAUCAUUGACCGCCCCAAUAGUGAAUCAGACUGGACCUCGUCUCCGGAAACUAUGGCUGUCGUUCUGAGGAUGGCGUCCCGGACCACUGGGAUCAGCAUGCAAGUCACCACGAACCAAAAGGCUGUUCAAAUCUAUAGUUGCAAUAAUCAGAACGGGACUAUCCCUGUCAAGAAAUCUCAGACCAACCGGAAUAAAAUGGAAGGUGGUCACGAGUAUGUGGAUGUUAUCAACAAAUAUGGCUGUAUCGUCAUCGAGAAAGAAGACUGGAUUGACGGUAUCAGCAACCCAGAAUGGGGCCAGAAUCCAUACCAGAUCUAUUCCCCAGAAACAGGACCAGCCGUGAACUGGGCUACAUUCACUUUUGGAAAUAUUUAA